AUGUCUCAAACUCUUCCCGAUUCACGAGGCCCAAUCACGGAUGAAGACCUUCACGAACUUCUUCCCGUAUUUCCAGAGGAGCGCGCCAAACGUCUCAUGGCGCUCCUGAAUGAACAACAACGCAUCUUCAAGGCAUCAUUCGCGUUGCGUGUGGAGCAUAACGCCUCACUCCCCGUCAACCGGCUGCCCCCAGAAUUGCUGUCGAUAGUAUUCAUGCUUUGGCAAGGCACGCGAUCUAGCGUCUGGUCGCCGACCAUAACGCAGGUUUGCCGUUUCUGGCGGGCAGUCGCCUUCCGAACUCCACUUCUUUGGAACAAACUGGACCUCGGUCGCUCGAAAUUGGCCUUGGAACUCAGUCGCCGUUUUCCCAACAUUCCCCUACGCCUCAGAAUGUGGUCUACGCUCAAGUGGGCUGAGAAGCAAUCUGUCGUCGAACUUGUCGGUUCUUGUCCGUCCAGGAUUAUAGAGUUCGAAGCAUCGGGCAGUCAUGCACAUGGUGCUGUGAUAGCCUUGUUCCAAACCUACGCUCCCGCCAUGAGAACACUCAAGCUUUUCUCUUUUGACGAAGCUAUGCGGAGGCAUAUGUUGAAACUGCGAACCCCGGACCUCCGAAUGCUACAUCUUUACGAUGCACCGAUGUCGCUGUGGCAGUCUCCGAUCCUUCGUUCCGCCAAGCUGCGUGAACUCAUCCUUGAUUUUGAGAAAGACAAGCCGCCAUUACACAAUUUUCCUUCCCUUGACAACGUCCUCGACAUCCUCGAGAGCUUACCUCUCUUGAGACUGUUACAUCUCUCCGGCUUCCUCCCAAGGACGACCCGUCUUCCAGAUCCCAUUGCGGAGCCCGAACGUCUCGUAAGCUUACCGGAGCUCUUUUCCGUAUGGCUGAGUGAUACAACACUCGCCUGUAUCAGUGUUCUGAGGAGACUUUUAAUCCCGCGCUGUCGAGUGUUGACUAUCAUUUGCGACGUUGGGUGCUUCCAGUACCUCCCCCAGCUUUGGCAGCUCGUCAGGCCACAGUUAACAAGCUCUGAAUUGCACGUUAUGGCCUCGGGCUGCAAAACCGAUGUCAACCUCAGGGAUUGUGAAGAUAACUCGCCACGUUCUGUCACCCUAGACCUCGCUGCCUCGUCCAUCAUCGAAAACCGCGAUAUGUUGCUCUUCAUCACGGAACAUCUUCCUGCAGCCAACGUCACCUGCUUAGAACUCUCAGGUUGCCCAUCUACAGAUGUGGACGUGAUCUCCAAAGCUAUGAUCCAGAGGUGGACGGAGAUUCGUACGCUGCGAAUAUACGAUGAAGAUUUCGCCGCGUCUUUUUUCAGCGUCAUCAGCGAUGAUACCAUACUCGCACGCCACGGCCCAAUAUUGCCGCAUCUGACGUCCCUCGUUCUCGGAGAAGUCACCAACACGGCCGAGGCUCCGUGGUUUGGGCUUUGUCGCGCGGAGGUCGCCAGGCGACAAGCCGGUAUGUCGCAAAACGCAGCCCGUAUACAGUCGAUUUCUUUCAUCGAUUGUCAUGGGAUUGUCGAGGGAGAGGUUGCGUCAUUGAGGAAAAUCGUCCCUAUGGUGACGAUCGAAGGGGGAUGUCGCUCCUAUAUGUGCACUUGCGUCGAAACCGGGGAAUCUGAGGACGAGGACUUCUGA